GCGUCAAUUCACUUAGAACAAAGUUUGCAAGCUAAAAAUCAAAUCAAAAAAUCGCAUUUCAAUCGAGAGGAAGAAGUAAGGCCACUUCCACUAAAUCGCCGACAAAUGAAUAGCUUCCGGAACUGGCUCGAGACAAAAACCGAAUGGAAUGACAAGUCCAAACGAGCCGAUCUUAUUUCGCGAGUUCUGUUUCUUUUCUUUCUAGA